GUAUAACCCAAGCCACUACUUGGAGGAAGGGAAGAGAAGGAGGCACAUCCCAUAUCUUACUAUAAGGACAUAUCCUGGAAAUUGUGAACAUCAUUUCUGUUUAUGUUCUAGUGGUCAACAAUUAGUCAAGCGGUGGCUUGUGCAAGGGAUAGCGGAAAUUAAGCCUUAAUUCUGUGAGAUCACAUUAUCAACUAUAUUUUCAAGAUCCUUUUGCUGAUAAAGAAUAGAGAAUGGAUAUUGAGAACUAACUAGAAGUUUUUUCCAACAGACUGGGUCACUCUAUUUGACUGAGAUAUUUGGAUAUUCAUUAUAUUUUAGGCUACUUUCUUGAAGCACAAACUUAUGACUAUACAUUAUCACAAAUCUAGCAUUUCUGUCUUCAAUUAUUGAAUACUUUCCAUGAAAUAUGUUAAAGUAUUAUGAGAGAGAAACAAUCUUAUGGAAUUGGUGAUUUAUUUUGUAACCAUAAUGUGGAGUCGGAAAUUUGGAGGCAGUUUUUUUUUUUUUUUCAACAAAUUGUUUUAUUCAACAUAUCAUAGAGAAACCCAAUCUUAGGAUAAGGUCUUAUAUAGUGUUUUGACACCGUAGAAAUUGCAAAAUUAAGUUAUCUUAAAUGCUAGCUAAUAUGUCCAUUUCCUCUUCAUACUCACUGUAUCUAAGAAAAAUAAUGUGAAGUGUUGAUAAGCCGUGAUGUAAGAAAAUAUCGUGACUUCCUCCUCCAUUUUCCAAUAAAAGCCAUGCCACAACUCCUCAGCCUUGCCGCGAUGGGUUUUCUUCCUUUCUGCUGUUGUGUACUAGUUUUUUGCUUUACUGCUUCUUUAGCAGAAGCUUCUGAUCUCCCAGAUCUGUAUCCUCCACUAUGGGAAACGAGUCCUGGUCAGUUCAGUGAUUUCAAGGUAGAGAACAACGUGCACAUUAUUAAUCCCUGGGUUUAUCCUGAGAGGAUGGGGAUGUAUAAAAUCCUACUGAAGCAGACAGCAAGGUAUUUUGAGAAAUUUGGACCAGAAAAUGAACAAAAUAUUUUAUGGGGAUUGCCUCUGCAGUAUGGCUGGCAAUAUUCUACAGGCCGACUAGCUGAUCCCAGCAGACAGACACUCUGUGGCCAUGAAUCUGGAGAUCCUUUGUGUAUUUCUGUGGACAGCUGGUGGGCUGAUGUGAAUUAUUUCCUGAGUGCAUUACCCUUCCUUGCUGCCGUUGACUCUGGCAUAUUGGGAGUAUCUUCAGACCAAGUUAAGCUGUUGCCACCUCCCAAAGAUCAGAGGAAGUUUUGUUACAACGUUUCUGGCUGUCGUUUAUCCUACCCUGAGAAAAUGAACGCUUGGAAUUUGUUUUACCAGUAUUUGCAGUCACCUUCUAGCAGCUUUGAUGACUUGUUGAAACACUUAUGGGCUGCACAUACCUCAAGUUUGGAAAACAUGGGUGAAUAUUUUGAGGAUAGAUAUACAUAUUAUUCUAAAAUAGAAGUAGAAUUUGACAAAAAUUGGACACUGACUGUGGAAUAUUUAGCUGCAUCUCACUUUCCUACAACCCUGAUUCGAGUCCAUAAGGCCCAGCAAGGCCUGCCACCACGAAUCCUUGUGGACACUGAUGUAGCACCAUUCAUCAGUGACUUCACUCCUCUCCAGAACAUAGUGUUGUCAGCUCUAAAAAUUCUUUGCAGUGUGGAUAAGUUGACAGGAUCAUUAUCUUUGACUGUAUGGAAAGUUUUAAUGAACACACAACUUGCAAGAAGAAUCUUUGUAGAGAUGGUUGAUGGAUUUAUUUUCAUCUCUAAUUAAAAAGCUAUGGACAAUACCAACAAAUUAAAAAUGAAUGUACCCAAA